CUUUACUGUGCAUUAUACACAUUUUCUGAGACUGUAACGUGAGAUACUACAACAGUCAGAACUAUUUAUUAUAUGCUGUUUAUUUCUGACAGCUGCUAGAACUUCAUAAUGCACUGAAAUUAUUGGCUGACAGACUACUGGCUGAACACACAUUAACAGAAUAAAACAUUUGUGAGCUAAUGCAGCUGCUCAUGGAAUAUUGAUCAUUAUAAACACACAACAUUAUCCUGGAGGACUAGGCCAGUACAUUUUAUAAAAAUAUAUAUCAUGUAAGGUCCAUUAAUAGUAACAGAAAACAUAAUUUCUCCCCAUUGAUUACAUGCUGAGAAAAUAUAUUGUACACAUCAUUACACACAGAGAAGCCGCCACUUUACAAAUUAGAAACCAUUCAAAAUUUCAAAAUAAAAAGCUCACAUGCAUCAUCAGUAUUCGCUUUCAGUAAACUUGUUUCCUUUCUGCUGUAUGUAUGUUUUAGUUCUCUGUCAUCUUUUCCCUCCAGAAAAUAAUCAUGUUUGAAUAAGAGUGAACAUAAUCAUGGAAAUGGAUGACACACUUACUUUAUCAUGUCUAGAUAAGCUUGUCCGUUGGCCCUAGAGAGCUGUGUGAAAGGGGCAUCUGCUGUUAUGAUCAGCCGACCAACGGCUGCAUUGUUGUUGGUGUAACUGAACUGAUAUACCUGUCUAUAAUAAUAUAGUUUUAAAACAUUUUUAUUGUUGCAAAUAUAUAACUGAAAACAGAACAAGUGAAAAUUGCCUUUGACCUUGACUUGUUUUCUGUUGGAGUAAGAGAUUCAUCAGUCAAUCUGACCUCUAAGAGACACCAUAGAAACAAAUGUCAGUCUGUUCUGUUGCCUUGGUUUCUCGGUUUCAUCAUUUAUAUGGAUGUGGGGAUUAUUAUGUGGACUGCUUGCUCAGAACAACUUUCUUUCUUUCUUUCUUUCUUUCUUUCUUUCUUUCUUUCUUUCUUUCUUUCUUUCUUUCUUUCUUUCUUUCUUUCUUUCUUUCUCACUAAACGGUACUAAUGUUGCUGCACUAACACAAAGCACUUAGGAAGCACGUCCACUCGUCACAUUGAGGUCUUGUUAACUAUUAAUCUUGUUUCAUUCCACAUGGGUCAUUCUGAUUUGCUCUGUGAAAGUGAAGUGUCUGCUGUUACCUCAGGUGCCAUUCUGUCAGCUUAAUUUAGGUUCUUGUUUCUUGCCAGCUGCUUGUUCUUUGGGGGAGUUAGCUGUCAACAUUUACAAACCACUUUAAUUUGAGUCUAAAUAAUUGUUUCAUUUAAACCACACCUUUAAGCAUUUAAGUAUCUUCUUACAGAUUAUUAUGUCCUUAGAUAAAUUAGGAUAAACUGAUAAACAGGAUGUUUGGAGAUGUUAAUAUAUAUUCAAGAUUUUAUUUUUUCUGACUCUCCCGCUUUGCAUACUGGUGAGUAAAUAAUACCUGCUAAAGACUGUUUGUUUAGACAAGGAUUCGAAGACUUCCUUGAAGUUGAUCUCCAGUGGAUCCGCCUACUGUGCAAAUAUUGAUCUGACACAGUAUUUUAAAAGAAGAUAUAAUCCAGAGGAACAUUAUAAAUAAGAUGUUGUCCGAUUAUCAUUUUGAGUACACAGACUGUGACGUUUUGGGCUCUCGAUGGAGAGUGGCGAUACCCAACAAGCCUGAGACCUGCACUGGCCUUCCUGAUCCAGUCAAAGGCACCCAUUGCACGUUUAGCUGUAAUGAAGGGGAAUUUCUGGACAUGAGGACUCAAGAGUGUCAGAAAUGCGUAGCAGGGACCUAUUCUCUUGGGACGGGUGUUGCUUUCGACGAGUGGGACACUUUACCCAUUGGCUUUGUCAGCCAUGGCAUCAGUAUGAACUUUGGAGACACUCACACAAAUUGCUCCAACUCAACAUGGAUCCCAAAAGGUGAUUAUAUUGCAUCUAACACAGAUGAGUGCACUUCAACUCUUUCAUAUGCUGUGAGUCUAAAGAAGCCUGGAUCUGUGGCCUUCCAAUACUUCUAUCCAGACAACCACAUGUUUUUUGAGUUUUAUGUUCAGAAUGACCAGUGUCAGUCUACAGACUCUCAGCGUCGCUGGAUGAAGAUAUCAGAAAGUGAUUGGGAUUACCAUUUUGUGCAGCUGAAUAGUGGUAACAAUGUCUUGUACUGGAGAACAACAGGUUUCUCUCUGGCUGCCAACACUGCCAAACCGGUUCUACUGAAGAACAUUGCCAUCUCAGGUGUCUCGUAUACAUCUGAGUGUUUUCACUGUAAGCCUGGUACCUAUAGUGAUAAACCAGGGGCUGCCCGCUGUGUGCCGUGCCCUGCUAAUUCAUACUCUAAUAAGGGAGCCACUGCGUGCCAACCCUGUGAGGCAGACAAAUAUUCAGGAACUGGAUCUGGAACCUGUCUACAGCGACCGCCCUGCACAACGACUGAUUACUUCUAUACUCACACACCAUGUGACUCCAGUGGUCAGACACAACUGAUGUAUAAGUGGAUCGAGCCUAAGAUCUGCAGUGAGAGUGUGGAGGGGGCAGUGCAGCUUCCGGCUUCAGGGGAGAUGAUGGCCUGCCCUCCAUGCAAUCCAGGAUUCUUCUCCAACAACACCUCCACCUGUGAACCCUGCCCACAUGGCUUCUAUUCAAAUGGGACAGAAUGCUCAGAGUGUCCUGCUGGAAUGGAACCAGUCGUGGGUUUUGAAUAUAAAUGGUGGAACAAAAUGCCCAGCAAUAUGAGGAGUUCAGUCUUCAGCUCAGAAUACAGAAGCAUGGAGAGGAGCACAGGCUGGGAGGUUGCAGGCGACUACAUCUACACCACACCAAGCAAUCAGGACUCUGACUACAUGAUGCUGACGCUCACAGUACCUGGAUACAGCCUGCCUCAUUCCCUGAGUGAAGAAAAUGAGAGAGUUCAGCUUUCCAGAAUAACAUUUGUGUUUGAAACCAAGUGUACAGCUGAUUGUAAACUCUAUUUCAUGGCAGGGCAAAGUGAAUGGAGUAGUAUUGUGGAGAGCUGGUCUGGCUCAAUGGGGAAGCAGUCCUACUCUUAUCUUAUUAAAAGCAAUAACACUGUUAGCUUCACCUGGGGUUUUCAACGCACUGGGAUCUUCAGUACGAAAAAUGAAUACAGCUCUGACUAUGCUAAGAUCUACUCUGUUCACCUCACUAAUGUGAUUGGGGGUGUGGCGUCAGAAUGUCGUCAGUGUGCUCUGGCUGCUGUUGGCUCUGAGUCUGCCUGCGUCCCCUGCCCUCCAGGACACUACAUGCUGAACGGCACAGGAGUGUGUAAAAGCUGUCCUUCAAAUACCAUCAUCAGGCCCGAGCAGGCAAUCGGAAAGCAAGCCUGCAUACCUUGUGGACCCAAUACUUACAGUAAUGAAGGCCGGUCUGCAUGCAUGAGUGACUGUACAUUAGCACUGCAUCAUAAAGGAGAGAUGCUGAAUUAUGAUUUCUUUCCGCUGGCAAAUGUCACUAGCUUCCAGAGCAGCCCACGCUUCACCAGUAAAGGGCUGCAGUAUUUCCACCAUUUCAAUGUGGCGCUGUGUGGAGCAGAAAACAGGGCUCUUGCAUCCUGUGUAGAAAAUGUAACUGAAAGCAAGAGGGAUGUAAAAGGCGACAUCUGUCAGUCUACCGUAGUGCCUUCUGAGGUCAGGGGUCAGAGUGUUGUGUCCUCUCAGCCCUUCAAUAUUGGAGAUACUUUAAUCGGAGUGACAACUGAUGUCAAAUUUGAUGACAUCUCGUCAUUGGAUGGCAACUUUCCUGUUGAAUCAGAGCUGCCUGAUGUCAUAUUCUACUACAGAUCUAGAGAAACGACACAAGCAUGUAAAAAUGGAAGAUCAGCCUCCAUUAGGCUCCGAUGUGAUCCCACUGUAACACUGAAGAACCAUGUUUCCCUUCCAAGCAACUGUUCAGAGGGCACCUGUGAUGGCUGCUCCUUCCAUUUCCUGUGGCGCUCUCAGUACGCUUGUCCUCUCUGCUCUGAGAGGAACUAUAAGGAGAUUGUGAGCGCUUGUAUCCAAGGAAUUCAGAGGACUACCUAUGUGUGGCAACAACCUCUGAGGUGCACAGGUGGGGUGUCACUGCCUCCUCAGAAGAUCAGUGCCUGUGUGACGCUGGACUUCUGGCUGAAGUUUGGUGUCUCCAUCGGAACUGUGGCUGCUUUAUUGCUCAUUACCAUCAGCUGCUACUUCUGGAAAAGGACACGCAAGCUGCAGUAUAAGUACUCAAGGCUAAUGAUGACUGCAGGAGAUAAGGAGUGUGAACUUCCAGCUGCAGAUAGCUGUGCCAUCAUGGAGGGAGAAGAUGCAGAGGAUGACCUCAUCUACCUCUCCAAGAAAUCUUUCUUCACUAAGAUCAAGUCAUUUUCCAGAGAGAGAACGUCAGAUGGCUUUGAUUCUGUUCCUCUAAAAUCAUCAGCUGCACAGGAGAUGGAGAUGAACUAGAACUUCUGAGACACACGGAGAGCCAGCAAGAAGUGUUUGGCCUGUCACAAGCCAUCCUUGACACUAUACCUGACAAUAUAACAUCAAUACUUCUAUUCCCAAAGAGACACUGAGUGAAGAAAAAAAUAUUGAAAAACAUCUGCCUUAUUCAAGUCACCUUAUAAACAUGUGAUUUUAUUU